AUGCAGAGGCCAUCGCCGCCUGUGCUACUUGGCCCAAGCCCUCGGCGACAUCACCAACGCCCAUCGGCCGCUGUGUGGUGUUCACAGCUCCUCACAUGCUUUGCUUUCCCUGCCUCCCCCAGGUAUCUAGAGUACCGUCGCAGCAAAAUCCGACGACCUGGUCGCAAGUCUGCCGACGCCCUCAGUCCCAAGCGCACGGGACGUGUAAAUGCCACCCUCGUCGGUACCACGUUUCUAGACCCUCGUCGCCCUCCGUCACUUGGACAUUUGGUCAUUUGGACUUCCGCUAUGGCUUGCCCUGUGCUCUACACCCCGGCGGCUGGUCUUUGCAACCCUUGCAUACUCAUCAAAAAUCCACCACUCGAUGCCGGUAGCCAGACUGUUGGGUAG